AUGAUUGUUUAUGUUUUGACCGGUUUGAAAGGAAUGAGUGAUAGAAUUUACAUUAAAAGUGCGACAGAACAUAAAAUUGAAAAUGAUUCCUGCAUGCGACACUUUGAGGAUUCUUCAUUUACCUCCACAUCUUUCUAACGAGCAACGAGAUGCGUUAUUACAAAAAUAUGGUGCAAUAAAAACAAGAACAACACGAUCGUCGAGCAAGUACACUACCACCUUUGCCAAGUUUCCAUCUCAACAAUUGGCAGCGGAAGCACUGUUGCGUUUACAUCAGUUAAAUGUUAAAGGACAGUAUCUGUCAGUUGAAUAUGCCAGAAAGUCCACACUUACCGAAGUUUUGGAACAGAAUGUUGAACAGGAAGCACCAAGGAGCAAUGACACAAAAACGGAAACCACAAAUAAAUCUCAUGUUCAAGCAUUUCUGCGGAAGUUGAACAAUUGGACUAUGAAUUAUGAUUUCAGCCAACCUCCUCCACCAAAUAUAAAAUAUAAAUAUACAGCGCCGACAAGAAGUACAUUAAUAAGGAUAGCCAUACAAAUGUUAAAAGAACCAGCUUUCUACACACAAGUAUUGCAUUUAAUGAAUAAGAUGAACUUACCUCCUCCCUUUGAAGAAUUGGAAAUGGAAUUUCCCAUGCUGAAGGAAAUAUACGAUAUGGAGAAAUAUAAAGAUAUCUUUGGUUACGAAUUUGUAAAUAAUGAUGCAUUAUAUGCAAACGAAGGAGAAACAGAGGAAGAAGAAUCUGAAUUAGAAUCAGAUGAAGAGGACGUCAGACCUUUAGAAAUUAUCCCCGUUAAACGAAAACGACCGCAAUCUACGAAACGUAUGAAGAUUCCGAAAUUUGUAAAUCCUGCCAAAAAUGUCACAGCUUCUUCGUCCACGCAAAAAGUGCUCAAACCAGAAGAUAUGUUCGAAUCUGUUCGACGUGGAGAGACCAAAAAUCUUAAAAUCGAACUGAAGACUUUAGAGUCGUUAGACGCAUCUGCGAAUCAAGAUAGCAACGUGACGGUGGAUGGUGGAUUCGGUUUGAUAUUCCCGACCAAUAAAGCCACCGAAGACGCGAAGGAUAAUAAAGAGGCGCAAAAAAAUAAAUUUAUAACUUCCGAGGAAUUGGCAGCUAACAGAAUCUCGGCUAAUGAUCAAAGAGUGCUUCCUGUGUUCAAGAAUUAUCAUCCAGGCAAACCAUCCAAUCGUCUUUACAUAAAGAAUCUUACCAAACAAGUGGAAAUAGAUGAUUUGCAUUAUAUUUAUCAGAGAUACGUUAUUGCGGGAUUGAAAGACGCUGAGUACGAAUAUGAUGUACGACUUAUGCAAGAAGGCAGAAUGAAAGGGCAGGCUUUUAUCACACUACAAAAUACUGUACAGGCUCAGAUGGCACUCGACGAAACACAUGGAUUCAUAUUAAAAGAUAAGCCCAUGGUUGUACAAUUUGGCAAAGCUCUUAAAAGUUAACACAGAUUACGUCUGCUUUAACAGAAUAUUAAUAUAUAUUUUAUGACAGUGCUGUAAUUAAAUUGUUCAUGAUAGAAAUUUUUAUGCAGACUGAAAGAUUCUUAUCACUGAACGAAAACAGUUUUGAAAAUAGUCAAGUAAAACAUAAAUAUUGCAGUUAGACUCAAAAUUGUUAUAUAUUAGCGUACUUUUAUUCACAACAAUUAACAAUUAAAGAUACCUAAUUUAUUUGCGCAAUUUUAUUUGGAUGCGCGAGAAGCAUCCAUGUAAUGAAUUAUCGGUGAAGAUUUAACUGUAGAUGUUAGCCGUUGCUUUUCAGAAGUUUAUAAUGCGAUUUAUCUAUGCUAAUAAAGCGUCCAGCGCUUUUGUGACCUCA